GCAAUACAACAUACAACCAUACAACUGUCUACAUGCGGCCAUGUAAUGCACGUGGUUUGUAGUUUGGAACUGUUUGGAACAUCCCUGAGGUUGUGGAGGGUUGUAUUUAGACCUUUUAGAUUUCAAAUGACCGAGCAGACAUCAGUUCCCUUGCCAGAAAACACUGUACUUUUUGAGCAACAAGUUGCGGGCCACGUUCACGGAGAUAAAAAGACCAAACUUGGUCUAUUGAAACACAACGACGGCUCCGUACUAAAGCCCGUCAUAGAAGGCGAUGAGCGCACACUUCGUGAGCUCAAGUUCUACGAGCGCGUUUUCCACUCCAAAGAACCUCAGUUACGAAACCUGAGAGAUUUCGUUCCGGUAUACAGAGGAACCUGGAAUACGGCAGUCGACGGAGAAAAUGUGCAGUAUAUCAAGCUGGAAGACGUGACAGCAGCUUUCAAGCGACCAAGUAUACUGGACGUUAAGAUUGGAGCUCAAACGUACGACCCAUUUGCCAGUCCAGAGAAAAUUGCCUUGCAGGAAGGGAAGUAUCCCUGGUCACACAAGCUGGGAUUCCGCAUCCUAGGCAUGAGGGUAAUCGACGAUGACCUGAAGCAGAAGAUAGCUCGAGAGAUGAACCUCUCUGAAACUGCGUUUGUUUCGAAGCUCUACAGGGAAGACGACUUCGCCAGUUCGUCUUCCUUCAAGCUGAGAUGGUUCACUCCGAGCAACGAGGUCCCACUCUGCGGUCAUGCAACGCUUGCCACUUCCGCUGCUAUCUUUGAAGCUGUCGGCAACGACUCGUCGGAACUGCACUUCGAGAGCUUGAGCGGACCACUUUCGGCCACUCGAACGACAGACGGGCUUAUUGCGCUCAAUUUCCCCGCUAGGGGAACCGAACCUGUUGCCAAGCUACAGUACAGCGACCUGAUUCAAGCUGUCGUUGGGGAUGUUCCCGUAAGUGAUGUGCGGUACUCACCCGAGGAACGCAAGCUCCUGGUACGACUACACGAUCACUGUAACAGGGCGCUAUUGGAGUCGUUGACGCCCUCCAUAGGACGCAUGCUGGAGGUGGAACCUAGCGGCCGUGUGAAAGGCGUAACGGUCACGUUAAGAGCGAGCGCGGAAAACGACUGCGGACCUUACGACUUCGUGUCCCGGUACUUCGCUCCGUGGUACGGCAUACCGGAAGAUCCAGUCACCGGUUCUGCUCACACCGUGCUUGGUCCCUACUGGUCAGACGUGCUUGGCAAGACCAAUCUGUUCGCCCGACAAGCUUCAACUAGAGGAGGUCAAUUAUUCCUGAGUAUCUUAGAAGGAGGAGAGCGAAUCUCUAUCGGAGGCUACAGCACUAUUGUUGUCAAUGGAGAACUGCAUGUGUAAAUCCAAGGCAAUAAAUCUGAACAUACCUCCCCCCCCCCC